AUGAACCACGACAGUAAUGACACCCAGAAGGUGAAGCUCACCGGCGAGCAGGUCGCUGAGCACAACAACGCCGAAUCCUGCUGGGUCAUUGUCCACGGCCGCGCCUACGAUGUUACCGAGUUCCUGCCUGAGCAUCCCGGAGGCCAAAAGAUUAUCCUAAAGUAUGCCGGCAAGGACAGUACUGAGGCGUUCGAGCCCAUUCACCCGCCCGACACUCUUGACAAGUAUCUCGAUAAAUCCAAGCACUUGGGCGAGGUGGACAUGAACACGGUCAAGGAAGAGGCGAAGGAGGUCGACCCUGAUGAGGAAGAGAGACAGAAGCGCAUUGAGCGCAUGCCCAUCCUGGAGCAAUGCUACAACUUGAUGGACUUCGAAGCUGUCGCGCGCAAGGUCAUGAAGAAGACUGCAUGGGCAUACUACUCCAGUGGUGCAGACGACGAAAUCACAUUACGAGAAAACCACAGCGCAUUUCACAAGAUCUGGUUCCGGCCACGCGUACUCAUCGAUGUCGAGAAGGUCGACAUGUCCACCACCAUGCUCGGCAGCAAAUGCGACAUUCCCUUCUAUGUCACUGCGACGGCAUUGGGCAAGCUCGGCAAUCCAGAAGGAGAGGUUGUGCUCACGCGCGGCGCACACAAGCACAAUGUCAUCCAGAUGAUACCCACACUGGCAUCUUGCUCGUUUGACGAAAUCAUGGACGAAGCAAAAGACGGUCAGGUCCAAUGGCUGCAAUUGUACGUCAACAAGGAUCGCGAGGUCACAAAGCGGAUCGUGCAGCACGCCGAGAAACGCGGCUGCAAGGGUCUCUUCAUCACCGUCGAUGCACCACAGCUCGGUCGUCGCGAGAAAGACAUGCGGAGCAAGUUCGACGAUGUCGGAAGCAACGUUCAGAGCACCGGCGGAGACAAUGUUGACCGUAGUCAAGGCGCCGCACGAGCCAUCUCGUCCUUCAUUGACCCGAGCCUCAGCUGGAAAGAUAUCCCGUGGUUCAGGAGCAUCACCAAGAUGCCCAUUAUUCUCAAGGGUGUGCAGUGUGUUGAGGAUGUUAUCCGCGCCGUUGAAGUUGGCGUCGAAGGCGUAGUUCUUUCAAACCAUGGUGGUCGUCAGCUCGAUUUUGCUCGCUCCGGUGUCGAAGUGCUCGCAGAGGUUAUGCCCGUUCUUCGCGCACGCGGCUGGCAAGACCGCAUUGAAGUCUACAUCGAUGGUGGUGUCCGACGUGCCACAGAUAUCAUCAAGGCUGUCGCACUAGGCGCCAAGGGUGUAGGUAUUGGCAGACCUUUCCUCUACGCCAUGUCCGCAUACGGUCUCCCAGGUGUCGACCGGGCUAUGCAGCUUCUGAAGGAUGAGAUGGAGAUGAACAUGCGCCUGAUCGGUGCCUCAAGCAUUGCGGACUUGAAUCCUUCUAUGCUUGACACAAGAGGACUCAGUAUGCACACUGCCACUGUACCUCACGACACUCUGGGGAUGAAUGUGUAUGAUCCGCUUAUCGGCCCUCAAGAGAGUGUUGUCAAGGCGAAGGCCAAGUUAUGA